GUUUCCCCUGGAAGCAAAACAAGCUUGUGCGGAGCUGCUGCUGCUGCCUUCACCUGCAGACCCUCAGAACCUCAGACCCUCAGACCUGCUGUCAUUAGGGGAACUCAGACACUUAGCGCGAGCGCUGCUGUUUGUUCUAAACGAGUAGAGUAUCAUGCUGCAGCUGAAUGACUCGGUGGAGCCGGAGAGUCCAGGGGCUGCGGUUCUGCCCGCCGCCGGGGUUGAGGACGCGCUCGACGGCCUGGAGUUGGCGUUCAGUCCGGGGCUUGAGGCCCAGCCUAGCCUCGGCUUCGGGGCUGCUGUAGCCUGCUGCUCCCCGCUGCAGAAACUCACACCUUUCCACGUCCACAACCCCACCAUGAGGGCCAAAGUCAAGGAUUACUUCGUGUUCAGGCCAGGAACCAUAGAGCAGGCGGUAAACGAUAUCCGCACAGUGGCUUUGCCUUCAGAAGAUGGCGAAGUUCUGAGUGUGUGGCUCUUAGCAGAAGUUGAUCACUGGAACAACGAAAAGGAGAGACUGGUGCUCAUAACCGAGAGGUCCCUUCUGGUUUGCAAAUACGACUUCAUAAACUUACAGUGUCAGCAGGUCAUCAGAAUCUCCUUAAACGCUGUGGACACCAUUUCCGUCGGCGAGUUUGAGUUUCCACCAAAAUCUCUGAAUAAGAGAGAGGGCAGUGGCGUUCGUGUACAUUGGGAUAAACGUCAGAGGCCUUCUUUUCUAAACCGCUGGAAUCCUUGGUCCACUGACAUGCCCUAUGCCACCUUCACAGAGCACCCCAUGGCCCAUGCUGAUGAGAAGGUGGCUUCUCUUUGCCAGCUGGAGAACUUUAAAAUUCAGCUGAUCCAGGCGGUAAAGAGAGCCCAUAAAGAGUUCCCCAUCCCGGGCCGGUCUAACGGGGUGCUGCUGCUGGAGCGGCCGCUGCUCAUCGAGACCUAUUUGGGCAUCAUGUCCUUCAUCAACAACGAAGCCAAACUGGGCUACUCCAUGACCAGAGGCAAAAUCGGCUUCUAGUUUUUCUAGUUUUUGCUGCUUACCCGCAUCGUUGCACUUGAAAUAUAUUAAGCUCCAUGAAUCCCUUUUGUGUUGCUUGCCGGAUUUCAGUGGGGUGUGAAGCGUGCCCCGAGCCCAACGCCACCAGUGUGACUCUCUGGUUUCUCAGCAUGUGCCUGGAAGCAUUCGAUGCCAACAUUGAUGCCCUUUUACUGGGCUCGUGCCAUUCUGCUUCAUUUUUGUGUUCCAGUCUAUUGAGGGUAUUGAGAUGCAGGUCACAUGCAGAUGGAAUCGGAGUAUGAAUUAUUUGCCGUAACGAUCUUGGGUAAUAGCCAUGAUUAUAAAAUGCCAACUAGGUAGUGUAAUUCGCCGUGUCUGUGCUUGGUCAGGUGUUCAGGUUAAUUAUGGCACAGACUCAUAUAUAAUGUUGAUUGUGAUGAACACCUAAACAGCCAUAAUUGUAAUAUUUCUUUAACAGCAGAAAACAUAUACACGGGUUUUUAUUUAUUUUAAUAAAGCAGGGGCCAACAUCUACAGUUUAGAUGGGUUGCUAUGACGAUACAGCACACAGCAGUCGGACCAUGUGGCAAUAACAGUUUUAGUUCGCUGAAGGGAAAAGUGUUGAAGUUACACAUAUUUUGUUUCUGGUAGUGUUUUUUUCCACUUCAUGGUCUUAUGAGCCAGUAGAAUCCAAGAAGGUGUGAGUGGGGUCUUUUUAGUAAUCAUUAAUUAGCAGACACAACAUUUGCACACACUUGCCUCGCAGUUUCCUUAAUCUUGCUUUAUGCACAUCUGGUGCAUAACAAAACAAAUUAGCUAUCUCAUGUUACACCAACAUUCUGUUCACAAAUCACACAUAGAAUCUGUACAGUGUACAAGCGUAUACACUGCGUUCUAGUGUCUCAUGAUGCCAUCCUGUUCACAUUUAUGUGACUUACAUCAAACUUCUGUCCUCAUCUGCUAGGAUUUUAUUAUUAAUAAUAUAUACAGGACAAAUAAGAUGAAAUGCCUGUUCAAACAAUUCCUAAAUUCUGUUUGCUUAAAAGUGUGCAAGUGUGUGUGUGUGUCUCUACUGUUUGCAUUAACCAGCACUGAAGUAUAAUCACGCUAAUUGAUUUGUUCAUCUGUGAAUUCGUCCCUUGUCAACCUGUACAGGACUAUUUGAUGACUCCUCUCUAGGGCAGUAACAUGUAAACUGAUAUUUGAUGGAGCAGACUGUUUAUCCUAGAGUUUGACGUGGACCUGCUCAUACAGCAAAAGGUCAUUAUUGUUCUCAUAGCUUACAGAAAUCUAAAAUCAUAAUAUCCUGCUGAAAAAAAAAUUAAUUAAAAGAAAACUUGGUCUCGG